AUGGGUGUUCCAAAAUUCUUUCGCUGGCUGAGCGAGCGGUACCCCGCUAUCUCGAUGCUCAUCGCCGAAAGCCGCAUCCCGGAGUUCGACAGUCUAUAUCUUGACAUGAAUGGAAUUAUCCACAACUGUACGCAUAGCGACAGCGACUCGCCUACAUUCCGUAUGACUGAGGAACAGAUGUUUAUCGCCAUCUUCAACUAUAUCGAGCACUUGUUUGGCAAGAUCAAGCCCAAGCAGCUGUUUUUCAUGGCCGUUGAUGGCGUCGCACCUCGUGCGAAAAUGAACCAGCAACGCGCGCGUCGAUUCCGAACGGCGCUGGAUGCUGAGAAGGCCAAGGAGAAGGCGAUUGAGCAGGGCAUGGAAAUGCCUAAGGAAGACGCCUUCGACAGCAAUUGUAUCACUCCGGGCACGGAGUUCAUGGCGAAGCUGACACGACAGCUGAAAUACUUUAUCAACAAGAAGAUCUCUGAGGAUAGAGAUUGGCAAGGCGUGGAGAUCGUGCUCUCGGGUCAUGAGGUCCCUGGUGAAGGCGAGCACAAGAUCAUGGAGUAUAUUCGGCGCAAGAAGGCACAGCCUGAUUAUCAGGCCAAUAUGCGCCACUGUCUUUACGGUCUGGAUGCUGACUUGAUCAUGCUGGGUCUACUCAGUCACGACCCCCACUUCUGUCUUCUGCGAGAGGAGGUGACAUUCGGUCGGCAAGUGUCCAAAAAACCUAAAGAGCUCGAGCAUCAAAACUUCUAUCUCUUGCAUCUCAGCGUCGUUAGAGAAUACUUGGAAUUAGAAUUCCAGGAGUUGGAGGAGGAAGGUGCUUUGAAUUUUCCCUUCGAUAUGGAGCGUGUGAUUGACGAUUUCAUCCUCAUGGCAUUCUUUGUUGGAAACGAUUUCUUACCCAACUUGCCCAAUCUGCAUAUUAACGAGGGUGCGCUGGCGCUGAUGUUUAAGAUCUACAAGGAUGUCUUGCGCAAGAUGGGUGGCUACAUCAAUGAGGAGGGCACGAUCAAUGUGGACCGCUUGGGAAUUCUUCUUGAGGUGUUGAGUAAUGUUGAGUAUCGCUUCUUCGAGGCCGAGUACUCCGACGCCCAAUGGAUCAAGUCCAAGAAGAACGGCGAUGAUGGCUCACUAGAGCUGCGGACGAAGCCAAAGGAGCUGACAAUCACUCCGGAUCAGAAGGAGAUCUUGAAAAAGAUCAAAAAGUACGUGCUCAACCGGCCUGGGAAGGGCUCCGAGGCGAAACCCUUGGAUUUCCCUCCCACUUUGCCAGCACGCGAUCGUGCCUUCGUGGAGCAGCUUGCGGAUGCGCUUCGUCUGCCCUGGUCUACCACCGAAAAUGAGGCUGGUGAUCGAUUCAUGAGACUUCAGCUGCCGCAACCCGAGAACGACAAUGACGAAGAUUCCGAUGACGAUGACGAGGAAGCAACUUUGGCUGUUCAACGUAUCAUUCGAAAAUACGAGAAGGCCAAUGUUCAAGAAAUGACCUCCGAAGAAGCUCAGCAGGCUGCGGAGAAGAAGUACGAGGAAAAGUUCCAGGAAUGGAAGGAUACAUAUUAUCGAUCCAAGUUCGGCUGGGGACUUGACAACGAGGAAGAGAUGAAACAAUUGACAGAGAAUUACGUGCAAGGGUUGCAGUGGGUCUUGUUCUACUACUACCGCGGUAUAGCAUCGUGGCCCUGGUUCUUCAAGUACCACUAUGCCCCCCAUGAUUUCUGUAUAGACGUAAAAAAGGGCCUCGGAGCCGACAUGAAUUUCCGGCUUGGAAGACCAUUCCGACCCUACGAUCAACUGAUGGGUGUUUUGCCUGAUCGCAGUAAGAAGAUUGUGCCUACUGCGUACUGGGAUCUCAUGACUUCGCCUGAUUCACCCAUCAUUGACUUCUACCCCCGUGACUUCGAGCUGGACAUGAACGGCAAGAAGAUGGAAUGGGAGGCUGUGGUUAAGAUUCCGUUCAUCGACGAGACCAGGCUUUUGGAUGCUCUCAAGACUCGGGAGCAGUUCCUUACCCCUGAUGAGAAGGCCCGGAACACUUUCGGAGCCAGCUUGAAGUUCACCUACUCUCCAGAUGUGAACUUCAUUUACCCAUCCUCGAUGCCUGGCGUGUUCCCUGACCUGCCAAACUGCCGCUGCAUUGAAAAUGUCUUUGAUCUCCCAGUCAUGGAAGGCCUAGAGCCUUUCCAUGGGUUGAUGGACGGUGUGCAAUUGGGUUCAGCGGCUCUCGCAGGCUUCCCGACUCUGAAGACCCUGCCUCAUAUUGGUCAGCUCGGAUUCCACGGGGUCCAAGUGUUCCAGCAGGAAAGCCGCAACGAGAGUCAGGUCAUUACUCUGAUUGAUCCUGGGAGCCGGUCCAGUAUCGAACUGGCCAAGACAAAGCUCGGAAAACGAGUCCAUGUUGGAUAUCCAUUCCUGCAAGAAGCUCUGGUGAUCCGUGUCUCGGACGAAUUAUUUGAUUAUGUUCUUCCGCCAAAUGAAGAGCACGUCAUCACUCCUCAGCAAAUUGAGCAGUGGAAGAAGAAGGCGACCAAGAUAGAAGGAACCUAUAGCAAGCGACUCGCCAUGGUUAUCGGCGAAGUUGAGUCAAUGGUCCACAUUCAGCUGCUUAAGGGCAUGACGAAGACCGAAGAGGGUGCUACUAUUAAAGAGUUCGCGGAUAUCACAGGUCAGGAGACUGAUUACGCCCUUCAAGUCGUUGUUGAUGACGUUAUCAACCCUGAUGAACGUUUCAUUGAGCGAGAGGCUCUGCCCAUCGAGGAAGAAUUCCCGGAAAACUCUCGUGCCUUUUUCCUGGGUGACUUCAAUUACGGACGACCUGUUCAUAUUACUGGUCAUGAUGAAGGAAAGGUGAAUGGUCUGAUCGCCGCUGUCAAGGGCAAAGAGCCCGAGUUUGGAAGAGAUCGUGUCAGACAAGCUGAGCGAUACUGCCCUUACAUGCCUUCUUACGCCAUUGCUCGAAGUCUCCGUCUUAACCCCUUGGUCCUAGCUAAAAUCACCUCUUCAUUCUCUGUUGAUGUUGAUGGGCAGCGUGUAAACUUGGGAUUGAAUCUGAAGUUUGAGGCUCGCAAACAGAAGGUGCUCGGAUACUCUCGCCGCGGAGAAUCUGGCUGGGAGUUCAGCCAAAAAGCCGUCGACCUGCUCCAGCAAUACAUGAUUAAGUUCCCUGAAUUCUUUGCUGGCAUUCAGCGCAACCCCCAGAAUGAUCGCUACAGCCCCUACGAUUUCUAUCCCGAGGAGAUCGCUCUUCUGAAAAUGAAGGAGAUCCGUGAUUGGUUGAAGUCCAUGGAGGCCAAGAACUUCGAGAGAGUGCCCUUUGAUGCCGAGCAGCUUGAUUCUGAUAUUGUCCACCUAAUCGAACAGGAUGCCGACGCUGCCAAUGCUCAGCAACCCCCAAUGCAUCCCAAGAAGGUUCGUGGUGUUCCCCGUAGCGCUUUGCUUCGCCCGGCCGACGUGGAGCACCGUCUGGGCAACCAGACUUUCAAGCUUGGAGAUCGCGUGGUCUAUGCUCAGGACUCUGGCAAGGUUCCUAUCGCCACUCGCGGCACUGUUGUCGGUCUUACCAGAACCCCUCGCGCUGUUUUGCUUGACGUGGUCUUUGACGUCUCGUUCAUGAGUGGCACUACGCUUGGUGGCCGUUGCUCUCCGUUCCGUGGCCAGACUGUCCUUGCGUCAUCUGUCCUUAACGUCUCCCACCGUCAAUUGCUCGCUAGCUCCCGCGCUGCAGCAAGCCAACAGACCCAACAGAAGCAGACCCCAUUGACUGUUGCCGGAUACGGUGCUCCUCUCGGACCCGAUGGGCAGGGCCAGCUGCAAAACGCUCCGGCCCCUCCGCCUCUGCGGGGUUCAUUCCGUGGAGCUGUUUCCGGCCAGGGAGCCGGUCGUGGAGGCCGCGGCGGCUAUGCCAACGGGCAGUCCACUGAGCUUCCCUUCCGUCCCAAUGGCAAUGGCGGUGCCCGCGAGGACCUCGUGGUCGUGGACGUGGGGGCCAGCGUGGCGGGUAUGUUUCGGUUGAGAAUGGUGACCCAAGUGAAGGUAUCAUCCAGAACAACCCGAACUUCCGCCCUCAAAGCUAUACCUCAGUCCCUCCUCCCCAGGGACUUGAGCGUGGACGAGGACGCGGUCGCGGCCGCGGUAACGGAAAUGGAUUCCGUGGUCGUGGCCGUGGCGGACAGCGUGGCGGUGCCCCCCACUGUGAAUCCUGAGUAA